GUAUCACUAAAAGUUCAGUUAACUAAAGUAAACUGGAGUGAUCAUAAUUUUUACAACAAAAUUUUUAUUUACAACCAAAUUAAUUAUUAUCAACAACUUCUUCUUCUUCUUCUUCAUUAUCUAUCUUCAUCGAAUCAAUCAAUCAAUCAAUCAAUCAAUCAAUCAAUCAAUCAUUCUUCAACCAUCAUCUACUACUUAGACUAUUCAACUUAGGUUAUACUUUCCUUCCACCAACCCACCUCCCCACAUCCUCACGUCUGUUUCUACCCUACCCUGUCGCCUCAUUCUAUUUUUGUAAACUAACCUUAUUUUAUUUUAUUUUACUUAUUUUCUUACUAAUUCAUUACCUCAUUAGCUCAAUUACUCCCUCCCUUUAGUUAUUUUACAAUCCAUCAAGUAGAUCCAAACCACUAUAACAUCAACUACUAUUAAUAUAACAAAUGUUUGUAUUUCCAGCGUUUGAUUCAAACUAUAAAACAAGAAAAAGAACGUUUAAAUGUUGUCAAAGUUGUAGAACAAAAAGAAUUAAAUGUGAAAUCACUUCUAAAGAUUAUGAAAUUAUUGGUUGUUUAAAUUGUACAAAACAUGGUUUCCAAUGUAGUUUAAUUAAAAAAAUUGAUCAAUCUAAUAAAAAUAAUAAUAAUAGUAAUGAGUUACAACAACAACAAGUUCAGAUCCAAGUACAACCUCAACCAUCUCAACAACAACAGCAACAACAACAACAACAACAACAACAACAACAACAACAACAGCAACAGCAACAGCAACAGCAGCAGCAACAGCAGCAACAACAACCUCAACAACCUCAACAACCUCAACAACCUUAUCAACCUCAAGAUAUUAUAUCUCCACCUCAAUUAGAUUCAAAUCAAUCCAUGAAAAGAAUAACUCCUCAAUAUUUAAAAGCAAAAUUCAAUUUCAAUAUCUCAGGUCAAGAUUCAGAUUCAACUUAUCAAUAUCUUUUCCAUGGUCAUCCUAAAGUUAUUAUUUCCAUGUCGGAUGAUCAAUCAAUUUGGCAUGAAUCAGGUGUUUAUGUUAAAAACCCAUCGGAUGAAGAAGAUACAAAAGGUCAACCUUUAGGACCUCCAACUUCCGCACCUACUCAAAUCCCUCAACAACAAGAACAACAACAACAACAACAACAACAUCAUCAUCAACAAGUUCAACAAUCUCAAUUCGAUAAAUUAAAGAAAUCAUAUAAAAUCAAAAACUUUGGUAAUGGUAAAGAUAAAGAAUAUUAUAUUAAAAAUCCAAAAGUUUACCAAUUUUUAAAAUCAAUUGAUGCAUUUACUUUAUCAUCGAUCAACUAUCCAAUUACAUUGGCUGAAACAAAACAAUUAAUUGAAUUAUAUUUCUUUAAAAUUAAUUCAAUUUUCCCUUUGGUUCAUGAACAAGGAUUUUGGGAUGAUUUUAAAAACAAUAAAUGUCAAAAUGUAUUAUUAUAUUCAAUUAUUUUAGCUAUAUCAAGAGAUAAAUUAGCAGAACCAAUUUUAAAAGAUGUUUUUAAACGAGGUUAUAGAUUACAAGAAAUAAAUCAAAUUCAAUUCCAACAAGAAUUAAUUAAUUUUAUGACGGAAUUACAUUAUAAAAUACGACAAUUAAUGUUAAUUUUACCUCAAUUAGGGGAUGCCGAUAAAUUUUCUCGAAUUGUAAUUCAUCUUGUUUUAUCAUUACAUUUUGCUUAUGAUAGAUAUGGUAGUGAACAAAGUAGUCAUGAUCUUAGUGCUGCUAUAAAUCUUGGUAAUGCUAUUGGGAUUCAUAUGAAACGUUUAUCAUCUCAAAAAAGUAUUGAAAAUAAAGUGGAAUAUCUGAAUAAUCUUUGGUGGUGUUGUUAUAUAUUUGAUAGAUUUAAUGGUUUAACUAAUGCUAGAGCAGUUUUCAUUAGACAAGAAGAUUUUAAUAUUGAUUUACCUUAUAAUAAUAUUAAUCUUUUAAAAAUGGUUCAAUUAGCAAGAUCUUUAGAAAAUAUGUUUUUUGCAAUUUUUCAACCUUUUAAUAAUAAUAAUGUUAUUGGAAAUAAUAAUAUGAUAAGGUAUAAAAUGUUUAAUAGUGAUGAAUUUCAAAAAAUUGAAUUUGAAACUUGUGAAAAGGAAAGAUUAAGAUCAACUAAUAAACCAUUUUAUUCAAAUUUAAAAAAUGAUUAUACUACAAAUACUAUUCAUUUUUUAACUAGAAUUGUUAAUAAUGUUAUUAUUUUAGCAUCUCAAAAGGCAAAAUAUGAUAAUCCUCAAAUUCCUAAUAAUAUUCCUGAUUUAAUAAGUCAAAGAGCUGCUUCCAAUGUUUUAUGGUAUAUGAUUCAAAUGGAUGAUGAUUUAAAAAUUAAUAUUCCAAUGAGUCCAUGGUGUAUGUCAUUAGCUAUGGCUGUUGCAUUAAAGAAAAAGGCUAAAUUACAUUUGAAAUUCAAUAAUUCAACCUCAUCAUCUUCAUCAUCAUUUACUAAUAUGGGUGGAAGUAUUAAUGAAAAUGAUCAUUUAAAUAAUGGUACAUUUGAAGAUAAUUUCCAAUUUGAACAAUAUUUUAAUGAAUUAAAGAAAUUCUCAUCAACUUGGUGGAUUGUCGAUGAAAAUUAUAGAUUAACUAAUGAUUUCAUUGAUACUUUAAAUACCAAAGUUAAAAAUAAAAAGAGAAGAUCAUUACCAACUGCAUCAUCAUCAUCAUUGGCAAGUACUAAUAAUGCUAGAGGUGGUUCAGUUUCAGUUAAACGUGCCAGACAUGAAAGUAAUUCAAGUUCAAAUGGAAGUCAUGAAUCAACUAAUAGUAGUCUUAAUGAAUCUCAUCAACCUCAAAUGAUGAAUAAUGCAAACCAUAAUAGUAAUAACAAUAACAAUAACAAUAAUAAUAAUAAUAAUAAUAAUAAUAAUAAUAAUAAUAAUAACAACAACAACAAUAAUAAUUUACUUAAUGCAUUUGAUGAUCCAAUUUGGUUAAAGAGAUCUAUACCAUCUCCCGUAAAUAAAAACCAAUCACCAUUCCCUAUUCCACAAUCACCCAUUACUAAACCUGAUUCCAUACCAUCUAUAAAGAGUAUGUUACAUAAAUAAUGGCGUUAAUAUGAAUAAUAAUAAUAAUGGUGUUAAUAAUAAUGUUGGAGGUAGUAAUGUCAAUUCAACUAUGAUGACUGGUUCAACCUCGAAUUCGAAACCAUUCUUUGGAAGUGAUUCAUCAUUUAGUCCGAAUAGUAUGAGUUCAGGAGAUGCUAAUCAAUAUGAUCAAUAUUUUGAAUCGAUGCAAAUUGAUAUAUUUAAUAACGAUUUCUUUAAGGAUGUUCCAAAUGUGAUCAAUUUAUUAAAGU